AACGAACAAAAAGGAACAGGCAGAGCCUGCAGGAAUUUCUCAACUGCUGAAGAAAUCACUAGAAUCACUGGGAGAGCUUCCAAAUCUGGGUAUCUGGACUCUAACCCCUGAUAUUGCUAACAAUGUUCUGGGCUGUGGGAAGGCACUGGGGUCAUGUUCUGCAAGUAAUAAGAAGGUGCAGCCUGAGCUGUGAACCACGGCACUGGAGUUAGACCUUCCUUCCAAUCCCAGCUCCCCACUUAGUAGUUUAGAGAAGCUGGGCAAAUCACAGGACACCCUGCAGCCUCAGUGUCCUUAUCUCAAAGCAACAAUCCAGCAAAUGCUGUUUUGUGAAAGGAUUCAGAGAAGCAGAGCAGGCGCUGGCCCCUGACUCAGCGGCAUGGAGCUUGUCCAGGACACCUCCCGUCCUCCACUGGUCAAGGUGAAGGGGGUCCCGCUCAUCAAGUACUUUGCAGAGAUGGUGGGGCCACUUCAGAGCUUCCAGGCUUGGCCCGAUGAUGUGCUUAUCAGCACCUACCCCAAGUCUGGCACAACUUGGUUGAGCGAGAUACUGGAGAUGAUCUAUCAGGGUGGUGACCUAGGGAAGUGUCACCGGGCACCCAUUUACAUGCGUGUACCCUUCCUUGAGUUCAAAGUUCCAGGGGUCCCAACAGGUCUGGAAACUUUGAAAGAUACACCUAUUAGAAAGAUCCUGGAGUUUCUGGGGCAUUCUGUGUCAGAGGAGACCGUGGAUCACAUCAUCCAGCACACAUCCUUCAAGGAGAUGAAGAAGAAUCCCAUGGCUAACUACAGUACCCUUCCGACUGAGCUCAUGGACCAUGACAUUUCUCCCUUCAUGAGAAAAGGCAUCGUGGGGGACUGGAAAUCUGUCUUCACUGUGGACCAGAAUGAGCGCUUUGAUGCCCACUAUGCUAAGAAGAUGGCAGGCUGCAAGCUCAACUUCCGCUGGCAGCUCUGAGUGGUGUCGUGGGGAGCCACUGCAGGGGGAGCAUGGGCACAAGCCUGACCUAUGACCUCAGGAAUAAAAUAUGAUGUGUCCAA